AUGGGCGGGACUUCCACGGAUCGUCGCUUUGUGUGCUACUCAGACACGUCGUCACAGCACUCACCACCGUCUCCUGGCAUGACCACCGAGUCGAUCACGUUUAAUCAUAUUCUUGGACAGGGCCGUGUUAAUCAACUCGGCGGAGUGUUUAUAAAUGGUCGCCCGUUACCGCAAGCUGUUCGUGUUCAAAUUAUUGAGAUGGCUUCGAAAGGAGUUAAGCCAUGCCACAUCAGCCGCCAACUUCGUGUUUCUCAUGGAGCCGUGUCGAAAAUUCUAAAUCGAUACGCAGAAACUGGAUCAAUAUCACCUGGACAGAUUGGUGGUAAUCCUCGUUCAAAGAUAUCUGUACAGUCGAUAGAGAAACAACUGAUGGUAAACUAUGAAGAGAAUCCAAAGCUUUGCGCCGCUGAACUCAGGCAGUUGCUGAUUGAACAAGAAGUAUGUUCUCGAGCUACGGCUCCUACCGUGGCGUCGAUCAACCGGUUCAUUCGCGGAAAAGGUUGGAACAGAGAGAAGAAACAGGAGAAGAAACGACUCAGUCACAGUAUCGACAGCAUUCUCGGCAUCUCCAUGGAUUCGGAUGGCAAGUCUUCAUCGUCGGAUGAUGAUUCGUUCUCACCGUCGGAAUCUCGCCGAAAUCGUACCUCAUUCACCGCCGAACAAUUAGAAACGUUAGAAAAUGCGUUCAAAGCUAACACCUAUCCGGAUGCGGCUGAGCGGGAGUCAAUCGCGAGGAGAACCGGGCUCACUGAGGAGAAGAUUAUGACGUGGUUCUCGAAUCGACGUGCUCGAUGCAGAAAACAUCUCCCAAUGUAUCCGUCAAUAUUCCCUGCGGUCGUCCCGCCACCACAAUCUGCGGGAUCACUAUUUCCGAUGCCACCAACGCUGCCAUUAUUCAUGUCCACUACUCCUCUGCUAUUUCCGGCAUUUCCACCCCAUACGGAUUUACCAUCAUAA